AUGGAUAGCAUAGAGACAUUAAUACAAUAUUUGAAAAAAUAAAUCUAAGAAGUCAGAAAAAACUUUGACAAUAUCAUCGAUAUAAUAUAAGACGCUAGUAAAAAAAUUAGUGAAUUCAAAAUAUAAUUUAAACCAACUGAAAAGAUAAAUGAAUUUUGGAAUAAUUUAGCAAAAAUAGAUGAAUGGAUUAAAUAAGGGAAUGAAGUAACCAAACAAAUGAAUGAUUAUAAUAUAUUAAAGGAAUGGCAAUAAUAAAUACAAAAAUCCAAUUUCUCUGAUGGUAAUGAUAAAUAGAUGAAAGAAUUCAUUAAAAAUUUAGAAUUUUUAUCUGGAGGUUAGAUACUUGAAAUCAAUUAUGUAAAUCCUCCAGAAAGUAAUGCUGCCUUCAAAAAAGAAUAUGGAACACAAAAAAUUGAUUUGGAAAAUAAAUUCAGAAAUAUAAUAGGUUAUUAAAGAGUAAGAGGGGACGGAAAUUGCUUUUAUACAUCCUUUUUAUAUUAAUACUUGAAUUUAUUACUAUCAAACUCAAAAAAUAGCAAAAUAGAAAUAAACAAAUUUAUCAAUAAGGUUGAUGAAUUAGAAUUAACACUAUUCUUUAAUGAUUAGUCCUUGAUAAAAAUUUAAAUUGAAAAUGAAAUAAAAAAGUACUUUAAAUACAUUUUAAAACAACUGGUAUAAAACCCUUCUGAUUUACUAGAAUAUUUUUCAAAAAAUAACAAAUAAUUUUAUGUUUGUUCAAUAAUAAUUUUUAGAAACAUUGUUAGACAAAUAUACAAUUAGAAAAAAGGCUAUAUAGAAAAUUUUCUUUACACAGACAUAGAAGAGGAGAUCAUCACUUGGUAAAAAGAAUGUAAUUCUAAUCAAGCUGUAAUUUAACUUCUCAGUUAAGAAUUAGACCUUUAAGUUAAUUUAUACUUUUUCAGAAGAGACGGAGUUGAACUUGAAAUAUAUAAUUAAAAUCAGAAUUUAUCAUAAAUUAAUCUGCUCUUUAGGCCAGGACAUUAUUAGAUUGCCUUAUGCUAAAAUUCCUAGUUAGAACGCAAUCAAAAAUAAUUUGAAAAAUAAUAUUGA